UACCGAAAGAGACCGUCCACGUCGAAGAACGAUCUUGGCGACUGAGACUUUACUCGAACACUUGAAAAGUGGCCCGCAAAUCGUUCACUGACGUUUCAAGUAUGGAGUCAUGGGGGCUAGCGCAGUUGCUGGUAAAACGAUCCACCGAUCAUCGGGAAAAACAUAGUGGUCCUUGAAACACCGGGACACAUCGUGGAGAAACUUUUCUUCGAUGUUGAACGAGCGGUGAAGAGGAAGAAGCCCGUUGCGCGGAAACGCAGGAAAGAACGCCGAUCUUCUAGAAUGUAAAGUGACUGAAAAUGGUGGUAACGAAGAGAAGCGGUGCUAAGAUUUGGUUGACGUUGCUUCUGUUGUUCGUGCAAGGUGGCCAGUGCAUCAAGUGGCUGGCUCUCGGCCGUACGGGAAAUGGUUAUGUAUGGACCAAGGAAGCUUGCACCAGCGCGAAGAGCGCCGGUUUAUUGGAGAGAAAGCAAGCAAGGGCAUGUAGAGCAACUCCGGACGUAAUGCCCAGCUUGGUGCAGGCAGCGGUAGACACUUCGACAGUAUGUCAGCAAGCGUUUCGACAUCGUAGGUGGAAUUGCAGCAGCAUCGAGAGUGCGCCAGAUUAUACACCUGAAUUAUUAACCGGAACGAGAGAACAGGCUUUUGUUUACGCCAUGUCGGCAGCAGCUGCAGUUUGGAGGCUGGCAAGAGGUUGCGCGUUGGGAAGCCUAGCAGCUUGUUCCUGCGCAACACCGCCUCGAAGGGAGCCACCCUCACCAUCCGCUUUGAUAUCACCGUCAUCGUUCACCGCGACGUCGGUUUCAUUCGGGACACUGUCUACCAGGAAUUCUUUCAAAUGGGGUGGCUGUGGCGAUGACGUAAGAUCAGCAUCCCGGAUGGCAAAAAGGUUCCUUCAGGGCGCAACGCCUCCUGGUACCGGUGCAACAGCUAAGUUCAUGCACGCUGUUAAUAUGCACAACAAUCGGGCAGGUCGAAGGGCGGUUGAACAAUCGUUGACCUUGGAAUGUAAGUGCCACGGCGUAUCUGGAUCGUGCAGCGUACGCACCUGUUGGAGAGGACUCGGUACUUCGGUGCCUACGGCUGCAGGAAGUCGUCUCCUUCGAAGAUAUGCAACUGCGGCGGAGGUUCGACCGAGAUCCGGUGGAAGGCUGCCACCACUUUAUCAUCAUGAUAAUCUACUAUACACUACUAAAAGUCCGGACUAUUGUCUUCCUGAUAAAAAAAGAGGAAGCCUGGGAACUAUUGGCAGGCAAUGCAACGGCAGUAGCUCUGGAUACGAAGGUUGCGAAUACCUUUGCUGCGGUCGAGGGCAUAUCACAAAAACGGAAGAGAUCCUUGAAAGAUGCGACUGCAAAUACUUCAGCUGCUGCUACGUGAAAUGCAAGACGUGCAGGAAAGUCGUAAAGACGUUCGAGUGCAAAUAAAUGCCGAAUACAGGAAAAGCCAGAACGGAUACCAAUCCUUAUUAAA